GAAAGCGUCAGCUUCUUGGCAGAAUCCGCGCAUCGAGGGUUAAACGUCUUCGGUGUUCCGAAUCACCCAAAUGAAAUAUUUUGCAAUCAAAAAACAUAUUAUCCUCUGCAUGCUGACACUCUGGCACAGCAGGUUACUGUGAUGAGCAGGUAUUGUGUUUCGAGUGCAACACUUCUGCAGAUCGAGGAAGAGUUGGAAGAAGAGGAUCGAGACAUGAUAUUCUUUGCUUGUCGAGACAUCACAUCUCAGACUAAUAUCCGGGAGCUGUUAAGCGAAUUAAAUGAAAAAAGUGUACCUGGAAUGGUUGAAGCGUUAUGGCUGGUGAAAAGGUUCGAUCUGCUGAAGAAAUAUCUAAAGAUGACAAAAAAUGAAGCUGAACAAUUGAUAAAGAAACAAAGCAAAGUCAUUUCAGAUUUCAGUUAUCUGUUGUUAGACAUCAAUGGUCAUUUGGAGGAAGAAGAUUUGCAAUCACUUGUGUUUUUAUUAAAAAAUCAACUAAGGAAUGCGGGACACGUCAAAAAGACAUUUCUGAGUCUUGUAACUGAUCUGGAAAAAAAUAACCUAAUAUCACCAGAAAACCUGGACUUGUUAGAGCAGAGUUUGAAAACAAUUCACCGGAUAGACCUGAAGAGCAAAAUUCACAAGUUCAAACAAAAAGGUCAUACUGAAAAUGGCAGUCAUUACAUCCCUUCGUUUGCUGUACCUCCAACGCUCCCUAGGAACUCAGUAUCAACCUCAUUUGCAGUCCAGUUGAAAUAUGUUCCUGCUACUUCAAAGGCUUCUCAAUUGCAGGUAGAGUCGAGCAAUGAUAGGUAUCCUGUGAGACCUAAUUCAAUGGGCUACUGCCUGAUCAUUGACUGUGUCGGAAAUGACUCAGAAAUGCUUAAACAUUUAUUUCUGGGUCUACGUUUUACCCUGAACAUUAAAAUGUAUAAAAGUGUCCAAGAUGCAAAAAACAUAAUGCAAGACGUUGCUAAGAUGGAACAGCUCAAACAGUAUGAUAUUUUCAUAUGUAUUCUAAUCAGCCGGGGGAAUGCAGACUCACUCUCUUUUAUAGAUGGAUCCUCAUAUGGUCUCCCUUUGGAAACUGUUAGGAGUUUUUUUACUGGGCAGUCAUGUCCAAACCUGGUUGGAAAACCAAAACUCUUCUUUAUACAAAACUAUAUCACUGAGGAUUGUGAAGUGCAGCAUGAUGGAGGCUCUGUGGAGGCGGACGGUCCCAGCUGCAAUGGAGCAGGUCAAGAGAGAAGACGAAGCUCUGUAAAAACGCCCAAUGAAGCGGACAUAUUUUGGAGUCAUUGUAAAGCAUCUGAACGGCAGCUCCAGAGAUUAUCAGGUGCCCCUUCUUUGUACCUGAAGACACUUAACGACUUAUUAAGUAACAAGCAAAAAAGGAAAAACCAGGAUAUUCAAGAGCUUCACACAGAACUUAACAGAAUUCUGUACAGCAAGGAAAACGGAUGCUCCUUAUUGCUCCAACAUACUCUCACAAAAAAACUCUUUAUGUCUCCAGCCUGAAAUUAUGAAAAUGCUAAAC